AACAACACACCAGGCAGGCAGCCACCCCGAACCUCAGAACUCAGCAAUCACAGGCGCUGGCAGUGGACUUCAGCUCUGCAGGAGAACAAAGUAAUGGCUGAGAUAUGCCCCGAUGUCCUCUGCCAACAAGAUGGUACAUUGAGAAGGGACACUGCAGUCAAGGAAAACCAAAAGAACAGGACACCAGUGGACAAUCUAACACUGACCUCCACCAACACCGACUUCGCCUUCAGCCUCUACAAGGAACUGGCUUUGAAGAAUCCAGAUAAAAAUAUUGUCUUCUCUCCGUUCAGCAUCUCAACAGCCUUGGCCAUCCUGACCCUGGGAGCAAGGAGCAAAACCCUGGAAGAGAUUCUAGAAGGUCUCAAGUCCAAUCUCACAGAGACCUCUGAGGCAGACAUCCACCAGGGCUUUGGGCACCUUCUCCACAGGCUCAGCCAGCCAGGGGACCAGGUGCAGAUCAGAACAGGGAGUGCCAUGUUUAUUGAAAAGCACUUAGAGAUCCUGGCAGAGUUCAAGGAGAAGGCAAGGGCACUAUACCAGGCCGAGGCCUCUGCAGCUGACUUCCAGUAUCCUCAUGAGGCCAAAAAGCUCAUCAAUGACUAUGUAAGGAAACAGACUCGGGGGAAGAUCAAGGAACUGAUCUCUAACCUGGAUAAGAGCAUAGUAAUGGUACUGGUGAAUUACAUCUACUUUAAAGGGAAAUGGAAGAGACCAUUUGACCCUCAUGACACAUUUGAAUCUGAGUUUCAUCUGGACAAGAAGAGGUCUGUGAGGGUGCCCAUGAUGAACAUUGAAGACCUGACCACACCCUACUUCCGGGAUGAGGAGCUGUCCUGCUCUGUGGUGGAGCUAAAAUACAUAGGGAAUGCCAGUGCCCUGUUCAUCCUCCCUGAUGAAGGCAGGAUGCAGCAGGUGGAAGCCAGCUUGCAACCAGAGACCCUGAAGAAAUGGAAGGACUCUCUGAGGCCCAGGAAGAUUGAUGAGCUCUACAUGCCCAAGUUCUCCAUCUCUACUGACUACAGCCUGGAGAAAAUCCUUCCAGAGUUAGGCAUCAGGGAAGUCUUCUCCGAACAGGCUGACCUGUCUGGGAUCACAGGAGCCAAGGACUUGAGAGUCUCUCAGGUGGUCCACAAAGCUGUGCUGGAUGUAGCUGAGACAGGCACAGAAGCAGCUGCUGCCACAGGAUUCAAAGAGGUCCUUUGUUGUGCAAAUUUUAUAUCUAUGACAGUCCAUUUCGACAGGCCAUUCCUGAUGUUCAUCUCUGAAACAGAUACUCAGACAACCCUCUUUCUGGCCAAAAUCUCCAAUCCUAAGUGAGGUUAGAGCUUCCCAAGUGGAGAGGAUUCUGCUCAGGAGCCCGGGCAGAAGCCUGCAUAUGGAUGUGUACAUCCUGAACUUCAUGUUCUGAUUGGCUUUGUAUACCAGGUUUGGACAGUGACCUUGUCUAGCUCCAUGACUCCUACAUACAAAGGAGGCUUGCACUGUGAGUGACAGGCUCUCAGGCCUCUUGGGAGCACCUGCUCAUUUUUCUGAACCUGGAAUCUAUCUUUAUGCCCUCUCCCUGCUCACUCACCUGUAUUGGACUGUACCCCAAAUGUGGGCACUAUCAAGUAGGCUCAGUCCCAGUAUAGUCUCUAGACACAUCCGCCUCCAGCUUCCAUAGCCUUGAUGGGGUCAUGCAAGCUCAUAGGCCAAUCCAUAAGGACCAGGACCAGGACUGAGAAGGGAAGCUGCUGCACCGAAUCUCACUCCUGCAUCUGGUGCCUCCUGGAGACAAGUUCUUGCCUUGUGCUUUCCUUCCUCCAGCCCCUCGACUCUGCCACCCACAGCCCUUUGCUGCAGAUGCUGGCCUUGCACAUAUCUGGCCCACUGUUGGAGCCUUCACUCAUUUUGAGGGGCCUAUUGGUCAGACCAGCUCCUUUUCCCCAGCACUCCUAUUUAGGGCACAGUAUCCAUUUUCUAGGUUGGCAACUGAUGACCCUGACAUGAUAGACAUCUCCACCUUCAUCACCCAAAGUGCAGGGUUUGGAGUAAAUGAUCAAUAAAAAUAUAAUUCACUCAGCACCUGUUGGCAGUGGUGUGCCAUCUAGUGACCACAGUGUAGUAGAGAUUGUCACUCAUACUCUGUGACUCCUGUGAUGGACCUCUGAUCCUCAUGUUAUUAUCAAUUCUUAUUAUGGAUGAGGAAACUGAGGCACAGAGACUCUUAGUCAUUUCCCAUGACCUCACAGCUAGACAUUAUGAUUGGUGGGAUGUGCUUCAAGUGUCCUGAUGCCAGAGGAACAGUUUUUACCAAAUGGGGAUCUGUGCACAGGCAUCACCAUGGUAGUGUGCAGGUGGAUCAUAAAACAAGGCUCUCAAUACUUCAUAAAGAGCUCAAAAAAGCACAUAUGCUUCAUGUGACCUAUGUGUUGAGGUCAGAAGAGGGUGAGAGGUCAUCACAUGACCAGAAAAAUGUCUUGGGCAGGGUUCCCAGUAAUGGAGGCAUUUCUAUAAAUCUGAGGGGAAGUGAGUCUUUGGGAAAACACAACAGAAGGGUGGUGGGGAGAAAGAAGCAAUUACAGACACAUGAUGGCCAACAGCCUGGCUCUGGGAGGAUUCUGAAGUUCCUCAGAGCCACAGGGAGCA